AUGAAGGGAUUGAGUACUAUUGUUGGUUCCUCGGAUGGUGUAGUACAAGUGUAUCCUUGGAAAGAGUUGUUGGAGUCAUCUCUCGCUUCUGGGAAACACUCCUUAACGUUUUGUGACGUUGGUUCGGGACCUGGGGCUAUCGCACUUAAACUCUCCAAAUCCUAUAGCAACAAGUUCGGAGUUGUUCUUCAGGACUUGCCUGAACCGCUCAAGCACGCAAGGACGGUCUGGACGGCGGAGCAUCCGGACGGGAACGUUGGCUUUGUUCCCGUGAAUUUUUUGAAGGAAUCACUGGUACCAGGGCAAGAUGUGUAUUUUAUGGGCUACAUCAUCCACGACUGGCCCGACUCAGAUGCUGUUACGAUUCUGAAGAACAUCGCGAGCGUGAUGAAUAGCUCAAGCAGACUACUAAUUCAUGAUUAUGUCCUUCAACAUGUCUAUCGUGAUCAGAAAUCUACUGAAUCUGACGUUGAAAUGGCCCCAGAACCACUCCUUCCAAACUACGGUUCUGGUAAUAUCCGGCCCUACAACUACAGUGUUACUAUGCUUGCGUUGUUCAACAGUCGCGAAAGGACUCGCGAGGACUUCAUAGCGCUUGGGUACGAGGAUUUUUAA